AUGACUUCACAAGCUGCUGCUAAUGCUUCUUCAGAUUUGGACGAAGCAUAUGACUUUGAUAUACUCAAGUGUCCUGAAUGCCCGGAACGACUGGAGGCUCUUGAACUUGAUCUUUUUCAAGAAGAUGGGCAAACAUAUCAGCGGAUAUGGUGGACGUGUCGAGGGAUAAAAAGUCAAAGUUGUCAUUUCCCUUUGUGGGUGCCACGAGAUGUUUUUUGGACAAAAAGAACAGAGGAACAAAUGAAAAAAGGAUACAUACCGUUGCCAAAUAUCCAUUUGUUGCCACAACGUUUAUGGUAUUUAUAUCCAAACGUUUUCCGUGACGAGUUGGAUCAGAAAAAAGUUCUAGCUUCAAAAAAAAGAGGUUCCGGAGCAGUGACACCCUCCUCCCAUUGUUCCACUCGUAGUAGUUCGUUGAAACCUGGAAGUCUGCAAACACAAAGUGAAGAAUGCAGCCGGGAUUCAUUUUCCAACAUGCUUCUUUCAUCAGGAGAACAGGCCUCAUCUGACGUUAACACUCAAGACUUAGAAAUUCCUUUUCGGAACGUAGUAAUUGAUGAAGACGAUGAGGAAGAAGAAAAUUCUACAUUAGUUCUGAAUUCAUAUGUGAACACGCAUUCAAAUGUGUCAGCUCAAAUAAGCAAUGAUAGGGAAAGUUUGGAGUACAUGAAAAGAAAAAAAACGAUGCAUGAACAAAGACAGUGUUCAGCAAAUAUGUCUUCCAAUUCGUGUUCAUUUUCCCCUAUCCAAUAUUUGUCAAGUGAGUUGUCGAGUGAGCAGUUGAAGCAGUUAUCUCAAAGAACACAACCUAAUGAUGAAAGAGAAGUUUUACAGCUAUUAUCGAAACAAGAUAUUUUGUUCAGUGAUCAAAGUGUUGGAGAAUGCGGGCGUUACUCUCACAUAUCCACGAAUUUGAGAGCUAAAAAACGAAGAUAUCAGUCAAUUUUUGAAGGAUUUGAUGAGGCAGAUAGAAGUAUGACUCUCUCGGAAACUAGCAAUUCAAAAGAUAGGAUUUCUCUUUUGAUUCCAUCAACGAAUUGUGAAAUGGUAGGGUCGGAACAUAUUUCAAAAUUAAAAGAAGCUUUUAGAGAGCAGAACGAAGAACAACAGAAUUCUAAAUUUGUUAAUGAUGCCUGGGUGAUAGUUUCGUUGAUGAAGGAAAUGAUUGCUAAGGUAUCUGCGGAAAAUGAUUCGAUACCAAGUGUAAAAACAAAGGAGCAUGUGCUAGAUACCGUUCCAUCAGAAGAUAAGGAACAAUGUUCUGGACGCAGGAAGCUUCAUAACUUAGCUGAAGAGUCGCAGGUAUUGAAAAGAAGCCGAGAGAUUAAAGAAAGACGACCGAUAAAAAUUGUUAAAAGCUCGGGGAAAAUUGAUUGCGGAACAUUAAAUACUUGUCGCGAUGAAUUGGAUAUGAAUGUUCAUAUCUCAGCUGGAAAAGAACAUCAAAAUAAAUCAAUGUUAUCAUUAUGCCUAUCUAGAAAUGAGAAGUGUAUUGCUGAUGUAGAAAUGGUUCUAAAAAAUUGUAUCAAGAAUGGUAAAGAUCGAAAGGAGCUAGGUGGAGUUCCACAAAUUUCCAUUUCAAAAGGUUGUCCUACAAAGUUUUAUCCUGAAAUGUUACCGAAAGAUAUAUUUGAACCGUGGAAUUGUCGUCGACCAGUACAUUUAGGAGGACGUACAAAUUUAGACGCAUUUGUGACUAAUUAUAACUUACGAUACAAUCGUACUGAAUAUAUAGAUGCUCUUUCUUCCGAGUUGUGUAAGCGUAAAAUGAUGAAAUUCGAGCCAUCAAUACCUAUAAAGCAGCAACGAACUGUACAGCGCAUGAGGCAGAAACAAAAGGGUCAAAAAGAGAAAGCAAAUUUAGAAGAGCUGAAAGAGAUGGUUGACUCUAGUGCUUUACGUGUACAAAUUGCUCAUCGUCUUGGCAUUUCAGAUCUUGAGAGCUUAGCACCACGCCAGGAACCAAGAAAUAAAGGUGGCAAAGUUAGUAGCAUGAACAUGAGAUAUAUUGGAUCUGUUCCUGCUGUUAUAUUACCGGAAGGUGUUUCUGCUGGUUGUGCCAAACAAAAGAAAGAUGCUGGUCAAGAGAACAGAACUAUGAUGAGUUCAAGUAGUUCAUCUGUAUCUGAGAAUGAUCCGGAUGACAGGAAAGAGAGUGAUUUAGGAGUUUCCGAAAUGUUGUCUUUCAAUGACCCAGAAGUUGAGGCAUUAGUGAUGCGCAAAUUUAGACUUAUUGUUGAAGACCAGGACGCAAGUAGGGAUAAUGAAACGCAACAAUUUCCAUCUGUUCAGCCAUCAGAGGUUCUUGAGCACUCCGAACUCGUCAGCUCGCGUAUUGAAUACAAUGAUUUUGAAAAAGCUUUUGAGGAAUACGAAGAUGAUAAUAUUCAACAAUUAGAUCCACUUUUCGAUGCUGCUUCUGAACAUAAUUUUUAG